GCUCCAGCCCCAGACAUGUCCUGCUACACCCCGUGCCUGCCCUGCCAGCCCUGCGGCCCGACCCCGCUGGCCAACAGCUGCAAUGAGCCCUGUGUCAGGCAGUGCCAGGACUCCAAUGUCUUCAUCCAGCCCUCCCCCGUGGUGGUGACCCUGCCCGGGCCCAUCCUCAGCUCCUUCCCACAGAACACCGCCGUGGGAUCCUCCACCUCCGCUGCCGUUGGCAGCAUCCUCAGCUCUCAGGGAGUGCCCAUCAACUCCGGGGGCUUUGGCCUCUCUGGCCUGGGCAGUGGCCUCUGUGGCAGGAGCUGCUUCCCCUGCUAAAGCUGCUCCCUGCUCUGGGCUCUCCCCUUGGAUCCACCUCUCUUCCCUCCCUUGACACAUUAAAUUCUGCU